AUGACGCGCCUACUCUACGUCGCUAGCCUCUGCGCAUUGGUCGCAUCAUCUUCAACGGCAACAAGUGGCCUGCCGAGGACUGAACUCACAGUCUGCUCGGUGUACGACCAGCAAACGAGCCUUGAUUGCCGACCAGUUCCAGAGAACUUCCUCGACCCUCGAGACGAUACCACCGUCUCCCCCGGAGCUGACCCGAGAGUCCUCGAGGAUGCCUUCUUCGCGCUGUCGGUCUUACAGAAUGUCUACUUUGCAGCUGUUAAUGGCACUUGGCCCACGUCCAUUGACUGGACCGGAGCAGUCGUGGAAACUGUCGUGGCCGGCAUGCUUACAACUCUGACAAAGUCACUCGACUCAACUGAGAAGGGUCGUGCUUGGAAAGAGAAGGAAAACCUCAUUUCUUCCAUUUUUGCCCAGGUCACUCAUUCGUUCUUUGGACAAAAUGCUGUGGGAAUAUUGGACCAGGCAUACGAUGAUGUCCUCUGGGUAGUCCUUGGCUGGCUUGAAGCCGUAAAAUUUGUUCGGCUCCAUUCAACUCUACACUAUCCCGGCACGGAAAAGAAGUGUUUGAGCAUGCCUGGCAGGCUGAGCGAUGCAAUUGGAACCACCGCAUGGCACGGGUACAACUGGUUUUGUACCUUUGCCGAGCGAGCCAGAGCCUUCUGGGAUUUUGCGACCAAGGGAUGGGAUACAAAACUCUGCCACGGUGGAAUGAUUUGGAACCCCAAACUGCUCCCCUACAAGAACGCCGUCACCAACGAGCUGUGGAUCGCGGCAUCCAUCUCCAUGUACCAGUAUUUCCCCAACGACAAGUUCAAGGACUCAUGGGCGGCAAGUAAGGGCUUUCCUACCAAUGAUCCUGUGUAUUUGGCGGCCGCCAUCGUGGGCUAUAAGUGGCUCAAGGAUGUCAACAUGACAAAUACCCAGGGUCUGUACGUGGACGGCUACCACGUUGACAUGAGGAAACCGAACAAUGUCGAGUGUGACCAGCGAGAUGAAAUGGUCUAUACAUAUAAUCAAGGCAUCAUCUUGACAGGACACAGGGGCCUCUUUACUGUAACCGGCAGCCCGUCUUACCUCGAGGAUGGGCACACUCUGAUUAAAAACGUCAUUCGGGCGACGGGCUGGGACCUGGGCAGGAACGCACCCAUAGACAACAUAAACAAACCGCAUCACGGAAAGCUACCUCCGUGGAGAGGAAUCGGCCGUUACGGCAUUCUCGAAGAAAAAUGCGACGCAGAUGGGACAUGCUCUCAAGACAGCCAAACGUUCAAGGGCAUAUUCUUCCACCACCUCACGGCAUUCUGCGCACCCAUUGCCCCCGUGGACAUGACGCCGGACGCUAGAGUCAACCAAAACGAUUUCAGUAAGGUACAGACUGCUCACGAUAAAGCUUGCCGCAGCUAUCUGGGCUGGGUGAAGCACAACAUGGACGCAGCGCUGGACACUCGAGACAAGGCCGGUCGAUUUGGGAUGUGGUGGGGAGGCGGCAUCUUCAAGCAGAUUGAUCUGGUGCCACGGAAAUGCGGAAACAACGAUACCACCGCCGCCGCCAAUACGACCGACUAUCGCAACAAGGGGACACCUCUAGAUGACAUUUGGGGUCUGAAUGUGACAUGGCAGCCCGGUGCAAAGAGUCCCCCUAACGGGUGUCGGGAUCUUUUGCUUGGACCAGAUCCGCAGCUUAGACUUGGCGGUGCAAUUGAGUUGACUGUAGAUUUGCAGACGCUGCUUGAUCGGCAGGACAGGCCUCGAGAUCCGAAUGAUCGUGGUAGGGGGAGGACAGUCGAGACGCAGGCGGGAGGACUGGCGUUGAUCAGAGCAUACUGGGAGUUGUCUCAAAUGUGA